GCAAAGGGCAAGAGCUGGGCAAAGAAGGGUGACUGGAAGGCCAAGCACAACGCCAGCCUGACCGCAAAGGGCCCAGGCAAGAUGGCAAACAAAAAGGGUGCCGGCAAGACCGGUCAGGCCGGUGCGGGAAAGCAUGGCUUCGUUGCCAAGGGCGGCAAGACGGGUGGCAAGAUGGGCGGCAAGAUGGGCGGCAAGAUGGGUGGCAAGAUGGGAAAGAACUCCACCAAGGAUUUCGUGGAGGAGAUGAUCACCAAGUUCCUGGAGAUGCCAGCCCCCUGGAAGAACGAGGCAGUGUCGGCCAACCGCCCCCUGGUGUUCAUGCAUCAGCACCGCGCAGGUGGCACGACCCUCCGAAAGCUUCUCUACAACGAGACCAUGCACCUGGUAUGCGCUACGGGCCCCAGACUAACUUGGAUACACGGAGUCAACUGCCGGGCAUUCAAGAACAACGUCUCGGAUGCGGCCGUGUAUGGCGGUGAGUUCUGCUGGUCUGGCAAGCACGUCUCUUGCGUGACGAACUUCCGCGAGCCCAUUUCCCGCAUCACCUCCUGCUAUGCGCAGCGCUUGGUCGCGAAGAGGAAGGUGGCCCCCUACUGCAUGGCCAAGCUUGAGCCCCAGAAGCUCAAGACCUUGCUGGUGAAUUACGGAUGCGUCAACGAGCCUUUCCGCCGCCUGGGACAGUGCGGAGUGCAGACGGGCGCUGAUGCCACGGACAAGAGGAAGCGCAUGCAGAUUUGGAACAACACCCUGCAGAACCUCGCCUCCUGCGUUCCGAUCUUGGUGGACCAUCAGGAGACUUUCUCCGCGGCCGUGAAGCACUUCCCGCAGUUCAAGCAGGCCUUCUGGCACAUGAAGAAGGAGAAGUUCAACUUGAACAGCUACCCCAAG